GUACAGAACCUCGCAUACAUACGCUACUGUCUCCUACACCAACCCAGCAAGGAAGUCUGCGUCAAAAUGGUCAAGAUUCUCAAGCCAGGAAAGGUUGCAUUGGUCACCCGUGGACGUUUCGCCGGUAAGAAGGUUGUUGUUCUUCAAAACGUCGACCACGGCUCUAAGACUCACCCCUUCGGCCAUGCCAUCGUUGCUGGUGUCGAGCGCUACCCUUUGAAGGUCACUCGCUCUAUGGGUGCUAAGCGUGUCGCCAAGCGUUCCAAGGUCAAGCCUUUCAUCAAGGUCGUCAACUACAACCACUUGAUGCCUACUCGUUACGCUCUCGAGCUUGAGAACUUGAAGGGUCUUGUCUCUGCUGAGACCUUCAAGGAGCCCUCUCAACGCGAGGAUGCCAAAAAGACCAUUAAGAAGACCUUCGAGGAGAAGUACCAAUCCGGCAAGUCUGCCUGGUUCUUCACUCCCUUGCGCUUCUAAGCAUUCCCAAGCGCGGGUUAGGGAAGCCUUAGUUUUUCUGUAGUCCAUGCAUGCCUAUGCGGUUGGAACACGAGAAGGUCGCUGG